UCGAGAGAGCAAAGGAAGCUUCAAAACCCUUGAGCCUGCUUGGGAGUGCCCUAUAUAGCGACUUCACAACGAUCCCCAAAACCCUUCCCUUCGGUACACCAUCAGACACUGAAUAUGGCGUCGUCCCAGGGAAAAAAGCGAGUCUCUGCCACCAGCAACGACCAGUCCCUCAUCUCGAGGGUUUCACGCAGCGUGUCCCAGUCCCCCAUCCUCAACCAGACGAAGCGCGCCGCUUCCGACGCCGCCACCGUGUCCAAGAAGCUGAUGCGCAGCACGGGCAGGGCCGCCUGGAUCGCCGGCACCACCUUCUUGAUCCUGGUGGUUCCACUCAUCAUCGAAAUGGACCGCGAGCAGCAGCUCAACGACCUUGAACUCCAGCAGGCCAGCCUCCUCGGCACCACCAAGUGACUCAGCUCCUCUCCUUUCCUCUCCUCUCGCCUCAGGUCAUCUCAGCUCAGCUCGGAGAGAGGGUUUUGCCUGGGGUUUAAGGUUUUUCCAUCAUAGAUUGGUACAUUAGAGCAAUUUUUAUUUGGGUUUUUCUUAAUAGCUUGGGAUAUGUUUUGCAAAUGGAUGCCGUCAUUAGGGUUCUUAAUUAUUGCCUAUUUUCUUCUGUUUUCUUUUGGGCUUGUUUGAUAUGUUUUUGAGACUAUCUAUGAUAUGCCGUUUGGUUGGUGAGAAAA